AUGGCUUUGCAAAGGAAGCAUCUGUGUAUGGUGUUGCUAUGGUGGUUAGCAGCAGCAGCACUAGCAACAGAAGCAUCUCAAACAAUUCGAUCCGAUUGUGAAGAAUAUUGUGGGAACGUAAGCAUUCCAUACCCCUUUGGCACAAGCGAGGGCUGUUACUUCAAUGAAGAUUUUCUGAUAACUUGUAACCACACCUUCAACCCGCCCAUACCACAAUUACAAACCUCUAACAUAGAAGUUCUGGACAUAUCCCUUGAUGCUCAUGAAUUGCGCAUCCAUACUUUUAUAGCCCAAACUUGUUAUGACUCCCGGGGAUACAUAGAAUACAGGACCACUGCUUUUACUCGUUUAAAAACUUUCCCCUUUUCGUAUACCCGUAACAAGUUCACUGCUGUUGGUUGUGACACGCUCGCGAUGGUUGCAGCUCUCCAAGGAGACAACCUUGUAAGGACUGGAUGUAUGUCAUUCUGUGCUAGUGAAGAUAGUGUGAGCGACGGGGUUUGCUCCGGUAUAGGAUGCUGCCAAAGCCUCAUCCCAAAAGGGCUUUUGAUCUUUAAUACCAGCGUUGGAGGCAUAUCGAACCACACCAUGGUAUGGGGAUUCAGUCGAUGCAGUUAUUCGUUCGUGGUGGAAGAAGAGGCUUAUAACUUCUCCAGAGCCGAUCUAAGGGAUCUUCAAAACACAAGUGUUGUUCCCACUGUGCUGGACUGGGCAGUAGGUGAUCAAAAUUGCGAGGAGGCUAAGAAGAACUCAACAAAUUAUGCAUGUGGAGAGAAAAGCGUCUGCAAUGAGUCCGAUAAUGGCCCAGGCUAUCGCUGCAAUUGCCCUCAAGGUUACCAAGGAAACCCAUAUUUGCCUUUGCCCAAUGGUUGCCAAGAUAUUAAUGAAUGUGAGAAUUCAACCCUGAAUGACUGCACAAAUAGUUGUCAAAACAUUGACGGCAGUUAUGAAUGUUCAUGCCCAAAGUGGCACAAAGGGGACGGCAAAAGAAGUGGACGGGGAUGCACUCUAGACCCGUUGUUAUUGAUAAAGGUCUCAGCUGGUAUUGGUACAGGCUUAGCAGUUUUAUUAAUUGGAGGCAUUUGGUUGUACUGGGGAUUCAAGAAAAGAAAGCUCAUCAUGCUCAAAGAGAAGUUUUUUCAGCAAAAUGGUGGUUUUUUGCUACUACAACAACUCUCUGAAAGACAAUUGUCUGCCAAUACUAUUAGAAUCUUCACAGAAAAGGAGCUUGACAAUGCCACCAACAACUACAAUGAAAGUAGGAUCGUAGGUCAAGGAGGUUAUGGUACGGUUUACAAAGGAAUUUUCCAAGACAACAAGAUAGUUGCCAUAAAGAAGUCGAAAAUGGUGGAUCGAAGUCAGAUUGAACAAUUUAUAAAUGAGGUGGUUAUACUAUCUCAAAUUAAUCACAGGAACGUAGUAAAACUCUUAGGUUGUUGUUUAGAGACAGAAGUCCCAUUAUUAGUUUAUGAAUUCAUCGCCAAUGACACCCUCUACCACCACAUACAUAGCGAAGGAAAGACCUCUGUCCUCUCUUGGGAAACCCGUCUAAGGAUUGCUGCAGAAACAGCUGGAGUACUGUCAUAUUUGCACUAUGCAACUUCCGUUCCUAUCAUUCAUAGAGAUGUCAAGUCGAUGAACAUACUCUUGGAUGAUAAUUAUACUACAAAAGUGUCCGACUUUGGAGCUUCAAGAUUGGUCCCACUUGACGAAGCAGAAAUAUCAACGAUGGUGCAAGGAACCAUUGGUUACUUAGAUCCUGAAUAUUUGCAUACAAGUCAAUUGACUGAAAAGAGUGAUGUUUAUAGCUUUGGCGUAGUUCUUGUGGAGCUACUCACAGGAAGGAUGCCACUUUCUUACACGGGGCCAGAGGAGGAAAGAAGUCUUGCUAUGUAUUUUCUAGCAUUGUUGAAAGAUGAUCGCCUGUUUCAAAUCCUGGACGAUUGUUUGGUGCAAUCUAAUACAGAGCAGUUAAAAGAAGUAGCUAAUCUUGCAAAAAGGUGCUUAAGGAUAAAAGGCGAGGAAAGGCCUACAAUGAAGGAAGUAGCAGCGGAACUUGAGGGACUGAGAACAAUGGAAAAGCACUAUGCCGAUAUAAUUUCAGAGGAGAGAGUGUACUUGCUCCGUGAGGAGGAGGAUCACGGUUAUGGUGGUGGUGGUAAUACAAUAGCUGGGUAUGAUAGCAUUAAGGAUCAAGUAACAAUUUCAGUAGGUGGCGGGAGAUGAUGGCUUUGUGUUUGAUGAUACAACUGCAUUUUAAAUUCAAAUUAUGUA